AUGGCGCUGUUGCGGAUCGCGAGCCGGAGUGCGGUCGCUGCGCGGUAUGUGCGGCGGCCGGUGCGACUCGAUGCCGUGCGCUUGUUUUCUACCGAGAAUCUUGCAUCGGAUGCGUAUACGAAACCGGGUGAUGACCGCAUGGUGCGGCUUGCGCGCACGGCGCGGUUCCUUGCCUCGCUCGAGGCCGAGGAUCAGCGCGAGGUGGCUGCGAUGCUCCGUGUCGAUCACUCGGGUGAGAUUGCUGCAAACACGAUCUACGAGGCCCAGGCCGAUGUGUUUGGCUACCAAGGCAAGCCGAAGGACAAGGCACUGAUUAUGGAAAUGUGGGAGAAUGAGCGCAAGCAUCUGCAGGCGACAAGUGCGAUGCUGGACGAAUACCGCACACGUCCUUCGGCGCUUGUUCCGCUAUGGGCCCUCGCCGGGCGCGUGCUAGGCGGUGCGACGGCCAUGCUGGGCGAAAAGAGCGCUAUGGCAUGCACCGAGGCGGUCGAGACAGUUAUCGGCGAGCACUACGACGAUCAAUUACAGCACCUCGACUCGAUCUCCAAGAAGCUCGCGAAAAAAUACACCGGCGAGAAGGCGGCCGAGCUCGAAGCGGCGCUGGCCCUCUUGCGCUCGGUCCUCAUCGAGUUCCGCGACGAUGAGCUCGAGCACUUGGAUACGGCCGUGGAGCACGACUCUCAGCAAGCGCCUGCGCAUGCGCUACUCUCGGUGAUUGUGGCAUACGGAUGCAAAGGCGCUAUCGAGAUCGCCAAGCGAGUUUAA